AUGAGUCCCGCCGAUGCUGAAGCUCGACGACGCGAGCGCGGUGUCAUUGCCCAGCGCGAGUACCGCAAGCGCCACGCAUCCAAGGUCCAAAAGCUGCAGGAUGAGAACCGAAAGCUCAAAGAUGUCAUCGCGAAGAUCUGCAGAGCCUCGCGGAGGAGUCACGCUCUUCCUGACGACCUGAAGGCUGUUCUCUCCAAUGCCCGUGACCUCGCUGGCAUCAACGACACUAUUACCGCAGUUGACGACGACGUAGGGGACAAAGAUGCUGAACAACCUACUUGCUCACCGCCUGCAAAUUCCUCUCAGAUUCUCCCACAAUCGUCAGCACUCCAGUCCUCACCCGAAUUGAGUUCCCCACCGGAUGAUCAGACGCCGGGUGGACGACUUACACCCCGCCUCGACUACGGCCUGUGGUUUGAUGCAGACCGUUUAGUCCGUGUCCUCGACCCGCCGAUAGACAUCGUGCCGUAUCUCGGCGCGGGCAUGUGCACUAUCGCGGGCUGCAUCUUUUGGUCUACCAUGAACUACACUAUUGACCUCUGGAACUCCCGCUCCGAUCCGCUAGCUAAUAGACUCAUGGACCGCGUGUUCAACCACUCGAGGCAUCUGGCUGACCGCAAGUACCUGAUGUCGCUUGCGCAGGCGAGAAUGGACUACAAGCAGAAAGGAUAUAUGUUCCGUAAGCUGUCGGAGCAGUUCGAGCGAAACGCCAUGGGGGAUCUGUACAAGCUUAUCAAGGACGACUACGAGAAUAUGGGGCUGCCGAGCAAGUACUGGAAAACACCUGAAGAGGUCGCCGACAACGUGUUGAGUCAAAUGACGCCGGAGCAAGCUGCGCGGUUUCAGGCCGUUACCGAGGGUAAGGGCACACGCGCUGAUGAGGACAUGAUGAGGGCAAUGGUCUCCUGGCUCGCGCGGAACUUUGUCUGUUUUGGGGACGGUCCCAGGUGGAACAACAUUAGUGUCUCCGUCGGCAUCGGAAGCUGGAUCGCGGAGCUCAGAAAGACAGACGCACACGCAUGGGAAGCAUCCUCUUAUUCCAUCGAAAUACCGACUUAA